UGUAGUAAAAGAUGCAUGUAAACAUGAAGUUGCAAUUUGUAAUUUUAAUAUUUGCACUUCAAUAUGUGCAUAGUAAAAUUUUACGUUUGGAUCCGUUAGUUGAAUCAAAUGCAGGAUUAAUAAGAGGUUUACAUGCAUCCGAUGGUGAUUACUCCAUGUUCCUUGGUAUACCGUUUGCUAAAAUCAACGAGAGUAAUCCAUUUGGGAUAUCAACUCCUCAAGAAAGAUUUGAAGAUGUAUACGAAGCAUAUGAUGAUUCCUUAAUGUUAUGUCCGCAAUAUCAGUCUGAAAUUGUUCUUGGAAAUAUUAAUUGCUUGUAUUUAAACAUCUAUGUGCCUAAUUCAGCCAGUAGUCAAAACCGCCUACCGGUAAUGGUUUGGAUUCACGGUGGAGCUUUUGCAACUGGCAGUGGUAGAAGAUCAGAAUAUGGUCCAAAAUAUUUACUGAAACAAGACAUAAUUUUAGUAUCGAUUAAUUAUCGCCUUGGUCCAUAUGGUUUUAUGUGUCUAGAUACGCCAGAAGUGCCAGGCAAUCAAGGAUUAAGAGAUCAGUUAUUAGCUUUGAGGUGGAUCAAUGAGAAUAUUCAAGCAUUUGGAGGUGAUAUUAGCAAAAUAACACUAUUUGGAGAGAGUGCGGGUUCAAUAUCCAUAGAUUUUCACUUGUUGUCUUCCAAUGAGAAUCUUUUCAACCGUGCUAUAAUGCAAAGUGGAACAUCUAUAGCGUCGAACACUUUGCAAACACCAGGUGCAGAUGAAUUUGCGCCAAUAAUAAUAGCAGAAUUCCUUGGUUUUCAAACUGACUCUGUAACUGAGGCCCUAGACUUCCUUACUUCAACAGAUUCUAAUUUAGUUAUUUCAGCAUCAAAAGCUUUAAAUUUGGUCUUUAAGCCGUGCGUAGAAAAAGAAUUUAGUGAUGUCGAUCCAUUUAUAACAGAAUCUUGGAUCAACGCACCAGUACCAAAAGCCAAGGGAGUGUCAAUACUCAUUGGAUUUAAUAAUAAAGAGAGAUGGUUCGAAUAUGCGAAUAAGGAACCCGAAUAUUUUGAAGAUUUAAAUUUGAUACAUAAUAAAUUAGAACAUGCUUUUGCUUUCGAUGAUAACGAACUUGCAGAAAUGGCGAAUAUUGUGCAACAUUUCUAUUUGGGAGACGAAAAAAUAAGUAAUGAACUAAAAGACGAAAUUGGAAAUUUUGAUACUGAUUUUACAUAUUCGCAUCCAAUUCAAAGAAGUAUCAGGAAAUACAUAGAGAGCUCUUCUGGAAACAUAUUUUAUUACAUGUUUUCAUAUAGUGGUGGUAGAAAUUUCUAUAAAGUCAGCCUCAAUCUAACUGUAGAGGGCGCUAUUCACGCUGAUGACUUAGGAUAUUUAUUUGACAUAUCAUAUCUCUCGGAAGAAAAUCCAAAUGAUAUAGUAGUUUUAAACCAAAUGACUACUAUGUGGGCAAAUUUUGCUAAAUAUGGCGACCCGACACCAGAUACAACGGAACUACUACCAAUAAAAUGGACUCCACUAACAAAAGACAAUUACUAUUAUUUGAAUAUAGAUUUAGAACUCUCCGUUAAGUCUAGACCCCUUCACGCAAGAAUAGCGUUCUGGGAUUUAUUCUAUAAGUUGAAUCAAGUAGAAGGACUGAAGUAGAAGAAGUGGUAUAAGAUAUCAAAUAGAAUUAAUAGGAGGAUAUAGCCUCUCGAUUUAGUGCAUAGGGCUCCUGUGAUGUGAGAGAUACCAAAGUCCUAUUCCCAAGUCUCUAUUAACUACUUAAUUUUCACAGUUUAUGUAAUGCUACACACGUAAUUAACAUAC